AUGGUUAUGAGCCAUCCUUUUGUUCGCAAUUCACGACCUGCUCAGGUUGCAUAUCAACCUCGGUCAAACGAAACUUUAACAGACCAUAUAACAACAAGGCGGAGGAAUGGCAGAUACUUGGAAAAUUCAAAUAUAAAUAACCAUCGGAAUCGCCCUUCAGCAUUAGGCCUUUCUCCUGCACCAACGUUUUACCCUAGCGAUGAAGAAUUUACAGACGCGAUUCGAUACAUUCAAAAAAUCACGCCAAUUGCAAAAGACUUUGGAAUUGUCAAGAUAGUACCUCCUAGUGGUUGGAAACCAUCAUUUGAAUUGGACAUGGAUAAAUUUACUUUUCGUGCAAGACGCCAAGAUUUACGCAUGAUGGACCUAGGAUUUCGAGAAUCUGCCGCAUAUGACGAACGGGUAUUUAGGUAUUUUUGCAACAGAAACAUUGAGCUACCGCAAAUAUUUGUAGUCGGUAACACGACAGUGGAUCUAUAUCAAAUACGAAAUUCUCUGGAACGCUUAGGAUUCUCAAAAGGAGCAGCAAUUCCAAAAGAUUAUUGGAAAAGGGCUCUAGUAUCUAUGAAUUUACCAAAUACUUCAAGAGCUGAGAAGGAAAUACAGAGCAUCUACUCAAAAUAUAUUGCUCCUUUUGAAGCGUACGUUGCUACAUUGUCAUCUGAUGCAUGUAAUUACCAGCCUCUUUUCACAAAAGUGGAAGAUCAUGAGUUAACGCUCACCGAUAAGUUAUCAAGGACGCAAAGAACAGAAACUUCUUCAUUCCAUAGCCCUUUGAAGAAAAAAUCGGGUUCUGAAGAGAAAGCUAAUAUUCAGAAACAUAACAGAGCUAUAGAUCGUGCAAGAAAGAGACGAGUGAAAACCUGUGAAAGCUGUCAAAAAAAAAUCGACUUUUCUAUUGAAUGCCUUGGUAAAGAAUCGUAUUGUAAAGAAUGCAUAUUAACACCUCACGUGUUUGGAUUUGAAAUGGGCGAUAUUUAUACUCUUUCUGAGUUCGAAAGGAAAUGCGAUAAUUUUAAGACUGAGUAUUUUUCAAAGUUUGAUUCCCAAACGCGUAUAACUGACGAACUUGUGGAAGCAGAAUACUGGAAGUUAGUAAAAAGUAAAGAAGAAGCCUAUGAGGUCGAAUAUGGCGCUGAUUUAUCUACUAUGGACAAGGGCAGUGCCUUUCCGCACUGGCGGAAAAACCCAAAAAAUCCGUAUUCAAGAGAUCCAUGGAAUUUAAACGUCCUAGCUUCUUCGGAUGGCUCUUUACUUCGAUUUGUUGAAAACGCUGUGUCUGGGAUUACGUCCCCUUGGCUAUAUAUCGGAAUGUGCUUUUCGACGUUUUGUUGGCACGUUGAGGAUAAUUAUACAUAUUCAGCGAACUAUCAGCAUUCUGGUGAAACAAAACUUUGGUAUGGUAUUCCUGGUAAUCAUGCUUCUAAGUUUGAGGAAGCAGCUCGUGAAAUAGCACCCGAUUUAGCAGCCUGUCAGCCUGAUUUACUAUACCAACUUGCUGCUAUGACUAAUCCAAAAGAGUUGACAAAACGAGGAGUUAAAGUAUAUUACGUUGAUCAAGCUCCAAAUGAGUUCGUUGUCACCUUUCCAAAGUGCUUUCAUGGUGGUAUUAACCUUGGGUUUAAUAUUAAUGAAGCCGUCAAUUUUGCCCCCAAAAAUUGGCUUUUAGAUGGUUACUCGUUGGAAGGGGCCCUUAAGUACCAAAGUAUCCUUAAACCAACGGUACUUUCACAUGAUCGUUUAAUAUAUAAACUUGCUACGAAGAAUACUGAUGUGGUUGCGUAUGAAGAAAUCCUACCAUGUCUCCGCGAAGCAUUUGAGAGAGAACAAAGCGAACGUACUUUUCUUAGAGAGCAGCAUCACUUGAAAGAAGCGUUGGUUCGUGAACCUCUAAAGACGGACGAGCAAUGGCAAUGUGUACAUUGUAAUGCUUACUCUUACUUCUCGAAAAUCGUUUGUCCCUGUACAUCUUCGAUUGCUUGCACAAAACAUAUGGAAAAACUUUGUGAUUGCAAAUUUGAAAAGAAGACUUUGCAGCUUCGAAUACGCGAUACGGAAUUGCUAAGUUUGCUGAAUUUGAAUCUUUCAAACACUUCUUAA